AGGUAUAUGGAAGCCGGAUAAAGGCCAUCAUCGUACAAUCGUACCAUCGUUUCGCAUCGACGUGCCGUCGCUUUGUGCCAUCGCCGGGCACAAAUGGAACGAUGGAACGAUGAUGGCCUUUUCCCGCUCCCAUACGUAGGCCUUCCUACCAUGUAGGCAUAUAGGCCUACAAGUAAGCCUACGAUCUGCAUGAUUGCUCAACGGAAAUGGAGGAAAGAUAGUUAACGCCCUGGUCAGGUUCUACCGGACUAUAAAGAACAAUACCGGUAACCAAAACUCCGGUCACGUAGAAUACUUUCGUAUCCAUAGCAACGCUAAGUGUGUGGUCAUUUAUAUAUGACGUGGCUGGGGUGUAUGUAGGCCAAUCUACCUGUAUCUAUUUUUAAGGUUCUGUUAUUCUCCUACAUAGUAUAUACGCGGCUUUAUAGAGGUCGUAUUUUCGAGGUUAUCCCCCUUGCCAACAUGUUCUAACAUGACAGAACAUGUCGAGGCAAUGCCCAUUGUCAGAUGACCGACCUAUAUAAACCGCUGAAGGCAAACAUUUGGGUCAAUGCACUUCUGUCUGUUCGUCAACAAGCAUGUAUACAGGCCUGUAUAACAUCUCUCUGAAUUUCCCGUAUAGACGCAAGCUAAAACCGUUAUACUAGACCAAACAUCUGACAGGCUAAAGUAACAUUUGCGGUUUUUCUCGGGUAGGCCUAUAAUUCUCAGAUUAAGUGCCGACACAUACCAGACGUUAUCGUAUAUUAAUCUGAUGCAAUAUAGCUAGGAUAUAUAGCUAUGGUUCGACCCAAACGAAAAGCUACUGAAGCCGCCGCCAUGGAAGCCAAGAAAGCUCGGGGGGAAACGGAUCUAAGUGACGGGCUGAAGUGGCAUCAAGCCGGGGAAGAAAUAAAGGGCGUCAACCCUGUGAUAGUCCUAAGCUCGGACACUCUGGCGGGCUCUCAGAAAAUAGCCGGCUUUGAUAUAGACUUUACGGUGAUUAGGACGGCAAGCGGAAGAAAAUUCGCUAGAGGUUCCAAGGACUGGACUUGGUGGAACGACAGCGUGCCGGAGAAACUGAAAGCCAUCAACAAAGAUGGCUACCGCGUUGUGUUCUUCACUAAUCAAGCCGGCAUUGAGAAACAGAAAGUGAAACCACGAGAAGUCAUGACUAAAAUCGAGGAUAUCAUCUCCCAGCUUGGCAUCCCAGUCAUAGCAUUAAUCUGCACCGGCAACAACCACUUCAGGAAGCCAAGCACUAUGAUGUGGGAUUACUUUUUAGAGAACUGUAAUGGCGGGGUCAAGGUUGAUCUUACGAAGUGUUACUACAUCGGUGACGCCGCUGGAAGGGCAAAGGAGUGGGCGGCUGGCAAACCCAGGGAUUUUUCUUGUGGCGACAGAAUGUUUGCAGCUAAUAUUGGAAUAGAUUUUAAAACUCCAGAAGAGUACUUCCUGGGGGAAGCCUCGGCUCCGUUCAAAUGGUGCUCUGUAGAUCCGGACAAGGUUUUGUCAGAUGCGCCCAAACCACCCGCAAAGAAACAGGAGUAUCACGUCAAGGGCAAAGAAAUUGUGAUUCUGGUUGGAGCACCGGCGUCUGGGAAAAGUACUUUCCGGAAGCGGUAUCUGGAACCCUAUGGAUAUCUGGCUGUGAACAGAGAUACCAUGGGUACCAUGGCAAAAUGUUUAAAGGCAGCAAAGGAUGCAUUGAAGGAAGGCAAGAGCGUUGUGGUGGACAAUACAAAUCCUUCCAUGUCGGCUAGAUCUGAUUUCCUAGACUUAGCGUCAAAGACAGGUUGUCCUUGUCGGUGUUUUGUCAUGAACACACCGAUAGAGGUCGCUCAUCACAUGAACAUGGUCAGACAGAAUCAAACUAAUGGGCAGGUCAGACGUGUCCCGGAAGUUGGGUACAAUGUGUACAAGAAAAACUUUCAGGAACCCACUAUAGAAGAAGGAUUUACAGAGGUUCUAAAAAUCGACUUUGUGCCAGAGUUUGGUAGUUCUAGGGACGAACAGUUGUUCAGGCAAUGGACAUUUUUCGGAUAAUGUACUGGAACAAUAAGGUUGUGUAUUUUUGAUAAGUGUUAGAGUGUUUCGUAGUGUCACAGCGCUUUCCAGGUAUAAUAGUGUUCGCUGACUUGUCAUGCAGUUCUACGCACAUGAGCAAGUGCUAACCGUCCAAGUGGUUUGAUCAAAGAAAACAUCCAAGAGGAAGAGUUUAUAUGGAAAAAACCUCUUGCUUUCAGAAAGUAAAUAUCUUGUGACAUUCCGUUCUAAUAACGUAAUAACCUCCCCCCCCCCCCCAAAAAAAAACACAUGUAAUAAAAGGUAUACUUUUAUAAUGAAAAAUGUUCAUUUAGUAGGACAUCGUAUCACCGCUGACAUAUUCCAUUUUUCUUAUAUAUACAGAUCACACAUGCGCAUUUAUCACUGUUGAAUUCCACGACAUUCCAGAAAUGUCUUUAAUGCAUUUGUCCAGAUCAGAAUUCCUUGAUAUUCCAAAAAUGUUGUCACUGCACUUGUAAGCUUAUAUACCUCACUGCAUUUAACAAUUGUAAAAAUUUGGAUUUCAUGUUUUAUUUCUUAAAUUGCUCUGUGACACAAAUCACAGUGUUAAAGGAGUACUGUAUAUUAUGUUGACUUUCGCUGUAUUAAAGGCAGCUAUUUUUAAUAAACUUUCCAAUUACUCA